UGCUUUGGAAUUCUAGCGAGCCACACGCGUUAGCGGCGUUUGCAGAUAGCUAACUGGUAUUUUGAGCUUCAAUGUUGGAUAAAUUUAGAACAUAAAGUGGAAAAGAUUUAUUCCAAAUAUCUACCUGACUUCUGUGCGGGUGAUCACAAAACCAUCUCCUCAAACGUGAGAACUUGGCGAAGAUGGAGCAUAAAAGCACGGUGCUGCACUAGCCAUAGUUGACAUCAAUCAAAGAAAUCGCUCUACGUUUGGUUCGGUCAUUUGGAUAAACGAAUUUAGAAAAGAGAUUGCAUCAAUACAUUACACGAUAUGGCGGAAAAUUUUCUUCUGAGUGUCAUGGUUGCCAUCUCAUAUCUAUACGGUGUGUCGGAUCAUCCAUUUUUAGCGGCGGGACUGGAACCGUCUGCAAGCGAAAUCUUACUCCAUUAUGAUUUUGAGAAAACGGUAGAUAAAAAGGUGUUGGAUCAGUCAAUUUAUCAGAGAAAUGCGACAAUAUAUGACCAAUAUUUGAACCUAACUAGUGGAAAGUGUAACAAUGGCGUAUUGCUGAACCAUAGACCUUUAAGAUUUAUAGAUUGGUCUUCUGGUGUUGGUAGCAUUUCAAGUUUUAAUAUAACUAUUGCUGCUUGGAUUUAUUUAAAUGAGUUUUAUGUUUUGAAAGCAAAAGAAAAAUGUCCGCUUUGUAACAGAACCAUCCCAUGUAAAAAGUUUGCUGAUGACAGAACACUUUUUUCAAGUUUUAUGCACCAAAAUAUCAAUGACAUAUUUUUCAAAUUUGAAGUCGGGAAAGAUAGAUAUCUUCGUUGGUAUUUCUUGUUUGAAAAACCCUUUAAGCUUCAUGCUAAUAAAUCUAGAAUAAAGCUUGGUGUUUGGCAACACGUUGCUGUCAGCUUCACCUUCUUUCGAGGACAAACAAAUUGCACAUUUUUCAUCAAUGGCACAGAGUUUCAAAGUAAAUCCUUACAUACUGAUAAGUAUAACAAAACGUUGAUGAACGUACGAAUUGGUCCUCUUGGUAGACUCAAUUUCAUUGGUACCUCUGGUGCCUGUGGUGUAAAGCCAUUCAGUGGUGUUAUUGAUGAUCUUUACGUAUUGAACAUCUCCAUGUCUAGUGAGGAAAUUCGCCGUUUAAUGAUGACGCCUUGCGACGAGAAAACAAAUAGUUCGGUAGAACCAACAGCGUCAGAACCAAUAGCGUCAGAAAGCAGUUCUACCACUUCGUCAAUCUUUGUUCCGGAGAUUGUAGUUUCGGAUACAGAGGCUGCAAAACCUGUCGAUAAACCGGUUUCAAAGAUCCAAUCUACCGUUGAGUUCACUUCAAAGAUAUCGCCCACAGGCGUAUCAUCAUCACAGAUCCAAUCUCUCGUUGAGGUCACUCCGACGACUUCGUCUGCAGGCCUGUCAACGGUCCAAUCUACCGUCGAUGUCACUUCAAAACUAUCGCCUUUAAGCGUGUCAUCAAUCCAAUCUACCAUUGAGUUUACUUCAGAGAUAUCGCCUACAAGCGUGUCAUCAAUCCAAUCUACCGUUCAGGUCACCCCAUCAGCAUUGCCUACAAGAAUGUCAACGAGCUCUACAACAAGAAGCUUAGAAGAAGCGAAAAGACUUCUCUCGGAGCUUAUCUCGGGGUUUGGAGGAAAGAGCGGUCGGGCAAUAUUAGAACAAACACGGAAACUUGAAAAAGACGUGCUUACAAUAGCAAGAAAUGCUUUGAACGGAAACCAGUCGAUUACCUACGAUAAUGCGAGCGCCCUCCUUUUGUUGUCUGCUCCGUCUGCUGGUUUUACGUUUCCAUCGAUGAAGUUGAAAGGAAGAAAAAAAGUAAAUGAAAGCAUCAGUUUUCCAGAUGACUUAGUAAAGACAAACAGCGGAGAGCAAAGAUAUUUUGUUGGCAUUUCGUACAAUAAUCUUCACAAGUUCCUCUCCAAGAAUAUCACAAAAUUUCGACAAAAGCCAAACACGCACCUUACACUGACAAGUAACAUUAUUGCAGCAGCGGUUUAUCCACCAUUAAAGACUAAUCUAACUAAUCCAAUCAAGAUCACCUUUGAUCAUAAGAUCAGUGAUGAUCGCGAGCCAGUCUGCUCAUUUUGGAAUCACUCGAUUAGGACCGGAAAUAAAAUAUCUGGCCAAUGGUCCUCUGAGGGAUGCGAAUUUGACAAAAACGAAUCGACACCAGGACAUACCGUUUGUCGGUGUAACCAUUUAACUAACUUUGCCUUGUUAUUACAACGUAGAACAGAUUCAUACGUUGAACAACCACUGUCCCUGAAAAUCAUUACAAUCGUAGGAUGUUCACUGUCAAUCCUUGCUUGCCUGCUUUGUUUCAUCAUGUUCCUGACGCUCAAGAAAAGAGAUAUACGCCAUUAUCUGCACAUCAAUCUGACUUUUGCUAUUGCUGUCGCCCAAAUUCUACUUCUCUUUGGUGUAAAUAAAACAAAAAAUGAGGGUUUAUGCAAAGCGAUGGCCAUAAGCUUGCAUUAUUUUUAUCUUGUCGCCUUUAUGUUUAUGUUGUGUGAAGGCGUGCAUCUGGCUAUUCUUAUCGAGACUGCAUUUCUUCAUGGUGACGUAAAAUUGCCUGUUUACCUGAUUGCAAGUUGGGGUCUCCCAUCCAUCAUUGUCGGUAUAACUGUUGGUGUACGUUACGACAACUAUGGCGGUAAUCAGUCUUGCUUCAUUUCCGCUCACGAGGGAACCAUUUACGCAUUUUUUGGUCCGUUCGCUUUCGUCUUAUUGAUCAAUUUUGUGAUCAUCAUAAUGGUUCUAAGACAAGUCAUAAAGAAGACAUCAUUGCCUGUGUCGUCCAAAACAGCUUCAAAAUUUGACAUCGUAAGAGCAACCAUUCGUUCUCUGGUUAUCUUGUUUCCCGUCAUGGGUCUAACCUGGAUAUUUGCAAUCCUCUAUUUUGGUUUUCAAACGCGGGUCUUCGAGUACCUCUUUGCGAUUUUCUCUUCUCUUCAGGGAUUCUUUAUAUUUCUGCUUCAGUAUGCACUCAAUACUGAGAAUCGAUUGGCUUUCCUGCGAGCGACCAAGAGAUGGCAGCUUAGUAUGACGUCAUCUUUCAGUCAUUCAACUAACAAUACCAAGCGAAGCUCCUUGAUGACCAAAACAUCCAGCCAUAACGAAAAAGAAGCUUUGAACACCAUGGGAGGUCAAUGUAAACUAACUGUGUACAAUAGCUUAGAUCCUGGUCAUGGCGAUACAAUUAACAGUCGCACGACGAGUACUUUUAUAUAGCUUUACUGAUAUUAUCCAAAAGCUCAACUCGUCCAACGGUGUAAAAAGUAUAUGUAUAUUUCACUUGAACUUUCAUAACUUAAAGAUAUGUGAAUUGAAUAGUUGCCUAAAUGUUUCUGUCAUUUCCAAAGGAAGAAGGCUUUGCGUCCUUCGCUUAGAGUAACUUUUAAACACUUGUAUAUUUAAAUCAAAACGUGUUUUGAGUCGUCGAAGUUGAUUCAAGAUUCGACCAUUAUGUAAUAUUACGCCAGCAGCAAUGACGUAAUUAGAAAUAGAACGUAUAAUACCAUUUUGAGACUGGUUUCUCAAAAUGGUUGUAAAAAUCUUCUUAAUAUAGUUAUUGUUGUAUUGAAUAAAUCGAUAUCGUGUUUAA